GUCGGCCCUUGGACCCGAGAGCCGAGCCGAGCCGAGCCGAGCCAUGGCGGAGCUGGGGCAGAACCUGGCCGUGGUAGUGCACCGAGCCGGGGACCUGCGGCUGGAGCUCUGAGAACAGGAGAUCUGCUGAGAGGACACCUGCCCAGUCUUGGCCUCUGAGCAAAGGGCUCUAGGAUGCAUGAAAAUUUGAGCAGCAAGUGGGAUCUGCAGAGAGCAAGAGGAGAAAUGUAUGACAAAGCUUCUUUAAAGGUGGGAUGUUCACGUGCCCCUUCUGUGUUCUUGACCCCAGACUUCAGGGAUGUUUGGAAGCACAACAUGCAGUGGGGCAACACUGCAUCGUUCCAUCUCAGUGUUGAAAACCGUCCGAUCCCGGAACCGGGUCCCAAUGAGGUCCUCCUGCGGAUGCAUUCUGUUGGAAUCUGUGGUUCCGACGUUCAUUACUGGCAGCACGGUCGAAUUGGAGAUUUUGUUGUGAAGAACCCCAUGGUUUUGGGGCACGAAGCUUCUGGGACUGUCAUCAAAGUGGGAGCAGGAGUGACACAUCUGAAACCAGGUGACCGCGUGGCCAUUGAGCCUGGUGUCCCAAGAGAAACAGAUGAGUUCUGCAAAACUGGCCGCUACAACCUGUCUCCAACCAUCUUCUUCUGUGCAACACCUCCUGAUGAUGGGAACCUGUGCCGCUACUACAAGCACAGUGCCAGCUACUGCUACAAGCUUCCAGAUAAUGUUACCUUUGAAGAAGGGGCCCUUGUUGAGCCACUUUCAGUGGGAAUCCAUGCCUGCAAAAGAGCAGGAGUCACUCUGGGAAGCAGAGUCUUCGUAAGUGGCUCAGGACCAAUUGGCCUUGUUAAUGUGAUUGUAGCCAAGAUGAUGGGUGCAACAGAAGUGGUAGUUACAGAUUUAUCUGCCCCUCGCCUGCAGACUGCCAAGGAGGUGGGGGCAGAUUAUACCAUUCAGGUAAAGAAUGAGACCCCGCAGGAGGUGGCUGCCAAAGUGGAAAGUCUGCUUGGCUGCAUGCCUGACAUAACUCUGGAGUGCACCGGAGUCCAAGCCUGUAUCCAGGCCAGCAUUUAUGCCACUCGUUCUGGAGGGACACUGGUGCUGGUGGGGCUGGGCCCUGAGAUGGUGACCGUGCCCAUUGUGAAUGCUGCAGUGCGGGAGGUCGAUAUCCGCGGGAUAUUCCGCUACUGCAACACGUGGCCUGUGGCCAUUUCCUUGCUCGCAUCCAAGCGGAUCAACAUCAAGCCCUUGGUUACACACCGCUUCCCCCUGGAAAAGGCUCUUGAGGCAUUUGAGACCACAAAGAGGGGAGAAGGGGUAAAAGUCAUGCUGAAAUGUGAUCCCACUAACCAGAACCCAUGAGGUGCUGCAGAGCCCGGCCCUCUCCCUCUUGCACCGCCUGCCUGAGAUGCAAAGCAUGAAGCCACGAGAGGCCGAUGUACGGCUGUUGCAUGUUUACACAGUCACCUUAUGCAGGCAGUGUUUUGUAAUAGAGCUAAGAAAUCAAAUGAUAAUGAAGGUGAAUGGCACUGAGGGAUACAUGAUUUUGCACAUCCCCUUGGGGGUGCUCAGGGACUAUAACAGCCUGUGGAACAAAACCUGACCAGGGAGCAUCUGAAUGUACAGAUUGUUCACCCCAUGCUCCUCAGACGGCAAACUGCAGGUCCUGAAAGCCCAGUACUGUUUUGGUGAAGCUGGGCUUGGAAGCUGCCUUGUCUCUGGCUGGGAAAGCAGAUCCUGGUCUUUAUGGGGCUGCUGGUGGGGAGCACAGCAUGGGGAAAGCAUAGCAGGGGAGCAGCAUCACUAAGAUAAUACCACUGUGAAUGAAUUGUAACUUCUUUGGGAUAUCAGCCCUUCCUGCUGAGUCAGUGAGCCAUGAAUGAAGUACUUGCCAAGGAGCAGGUUGAAGAUAAUCUAAUCUUAGAUUACGGUUGUGUUAAUUUUAAUAAUAGGAGAUCACUCUGAGAUCCCUUUCUUGGGCCAGCACUGGCCUUCCCACAAUAAAUGCUACCUUCCUGGUG